CAGAGUAAUAUCGACAAUGGUCGUCCAAAAAUUCCUCACCACUUGAAAUCCAAGGGAGGGAAAUAAAGAGCAACUGCUCGUCGAUAGAGUAAAUGCUAUUCAGAAAGAGAAUAGGAUUCUGCUCAAAAAGAUGCUUACCAUUGAUCUAAAGCCUGGGAAAUAUAAUCCUCAGAGGAUAAAAAUGUAUACAACCCCUUCUUCUUACAGUCUGAAUCGGAAUAAAAGGAUUAGGGAGUUAACAAGAGUCACUCAUGAAAAUAAAAUGCUCCUUCAAAGACUUCAAAGCGCUCAGAGUAUUUAUGAUCAUACAAAAAUUCCAGUUCAAAAGUUCCCCAAACCAUGCUUUAGAGCAACCAAUGAGCCAAGAAUCAUGAGCGCAGUCGGAGGAAGGACCUUUGGAUAUCAGACUAUGCCCAUAAAGCAGAGAAGAGCAAAAUCUAGUUAUGCAGUUGCUAGAAGAACAAAGAAGAAAAAGAAAAGAGUCAUGACUGCUGGAUAUGGAGGUCGCAAGAGAUCUGCUGUCAGGAAAGCUGACCAAGCAGCCCGUCCUAUUACAGCUAAAGGCCCAAACAUUGGAAGAAGGAAUAAAAGUUCUAACCCUAACAAUCAAGAAGAGGAGGAUAAUGGCUUUAGACCUGAAACUGUACCGUUCACUAAUAUUGGACCUCUAGGGGCAACUGAACCUCAAGAUGGGGAUGAUAAAAUAAAACAAGAAAUCACCAGAGAAGUUACAGGUGAAAGAGAAGAAGUUGAAGUUUCCAAGGAAUCAGAGCACGAAGAAAAACCUGUAGAAGAUAAAUAUCAUGAGAAAGAAAAACAACUAGAUAACUUAUCCGAUGAAGCUUCUAAUAACCAUGAUAACGAAAAAUCUAGUAACAAAGAAAUCAUAAAAGAGACAGAAGAGAAUCAAGAAAGCAAUAAAUCUGUGAGUUCUAAAGCCAAAGCUCCAGAAGAGCCUGCUCCAAAACACGAAUCAGGCCCACCUUCUCCAAAGAACCAAGAACCUUCUCAUGACUCUCAACAAAAGCUAGCACCUUUGCCAGAAUCACCAAAGGCAGAUCCUGCUCCUGAGCCAAGUCCUGCAGAUCAUCAUAAUAAAGAAGCAGAGCAGCAAUCUUAAUUAAUAUACCCAAUAACUAGUUUUUAAGAA